AUGGCUAGUCAUAGGAGCAUAUUACAUUGGGGAAGGAAUCCACUCAAACGUUAUUGUUUUAUGUGGCAACAGUUCAUGUUCAGCCACUCUAGUAAAGAAAAGUUGUUUAGCAAAAUAUAUACACAAAAGAAAAUCAUAAAAAGGGACAGAUUAUUAGGUACAGUAAAACCGUUUAUAGACGAGAAUUGUGAUAAUGCAGAACCAUAUGUAAUAGCAUACUAUUUAAACAGUUCAAUAAAUCUGCCAAUUCUGAAAAGUGCAUACGAAAAAGUAGGAUCAGAAGUGCUGUAUAAAGAACCAUAUCUGUAUGUAGAAAGUUGUGCAUAUUUUAAUCAACAAAAUAGUUCAGCUGUGUUUUUUAAAAAUGGAUGUAUUGUUAUAUGGAACAUGAAUAAGAAAAACAUAAAGAAAUUUUUUUGUUUUUGUAAAAAUUACAUAAAUAUUAAUGAAAGCAAAAUAGAAAAUUAUGAUUUUGAAGAAUUACAAGUAGAAAAUGUAAAUAAUAAAACUUAUGUUAAUAAUUCUAUCAUCUAUUUAACAUUAAGCAAUUAUAGAACAACUGAUAAAAUAUCUAUUUCAUUUGGUUUGUUAAGUGCUGUGAGAUUAAACAAUUUAGAAAAAAAAAUUGAAAAAAAAUUAUUUUUUGAAAAUGAUCACAUUGAAAAUUUAAAAAAAAAAAUAAAAUCAAGUAAUUUAGAUUUUUUAUCAAAACAGUUAUUUACGUCCAAAAUUACUCUCCAUAAUUUACGAUAUGAAUUAAAUAUCGAUCAAGACAUUUUAGAUGUUCCUGAAACAUUAUGGGAAUUGGAAUAUCAGAAAAAAUUAUUUUUAAAUAUUCUUCACAUAUUUGAUAUAAAGCAGAGGGUUGAUUUACUCAAUCACAGAUUAAGUUGGACCCUGGAUUACCUCAAUUCUUUUUUGGAUUAUGUAAAUCAAAAGCAUUCCUCUAGGUUGGAGCGUAUCAUCAUUGUCAUAAUUGGCCUCGAGCUUGUACUUGGAAUUAUGCAGAUGGUUAAUACUAUUCGUUUUUGA